AUAAAAAUAUCAGGAAGUGAGGCAGCUUUGCUCCAAGAUGGCGGUGAAUCACGUGAUGCAACUUUAUUUUAUCAAAUUAAAAUGUUCCGUUGUUGAUAGAUAUGGACAAUGUAAAGGUCAAGACUCCUUGAUAUUUUGAACCAGUGUCCCACGUUAUUUUUCAAGAUCAAUGAAUUAACAUAUGCAUAAGAAAACCACUCGUAAGGUAACAUCUCAAAUAAACACAACUUGCCCACUUGGUCUUAAAGCCAACUACCUAACCCUUUGCUUCCACAAGCAUCAUCCAAAUCAACCAAACAUCCCAAAUAGUAUAUUUAGCAAUACUAUAGAACAACUUUGAAGUCUGAAUUCAUUCACAUAACAAAAGAAUGGAGUUCCCAUCACCACCUCACUCUUUUCCAUGGCAAUAUCUUGUUCCUUCAAACCUCCUCUUUCCUUAUAAUUUCACCCCACAAAACUAUGUUCACUGGACAGAAACCCCUCAAUCUCAUUUAUUUUCAGCUGCCAUCCCAGGUGUUAGGAAAGAAGAUUUAAGGGUAGAGGUUGAGGACUCAAAGUACCUUAUGAUUAGAACUGAAGUUGCAGUGAAUGAAGAAGACUCAACAGAACCUGUGAGGAAGUUUGAGAGGAAGUUUAGGCUUCCUGGGAGGGUUGAUAUUGAUGGCAUUUCUGCUGAGUAUGAAAAUGGAGUUUUAACUGUUACUGUUCCAAGAUUAAUAAGAAGAGGUUUCCAUAUUGACCCUGCUGUUGUGCCUGAAAGAUUGGAAGUUCUUGCUAGAGCUGCUUGAGUACAUGGGAGGUUGUAUCCACAAGUCCUAGCUCAACUGGCAAAAUGCCGAAAUUGUUAGGCCGGAUGCUAUGACCGGGGUUCGAACCCCGGUACCUCCACUUGUGUGUGUGAAAGUAUAAUGGAUUUGCCAUUUCAUCUAUCUACAAAAAAAAAAAAAAAAAAAAGUACAUGGGAGGUUGUUUUAGAAGAUGAUUAAUUACAAAUGGUUUAAUUGAUUAGUUCUGGAGGAGAAUUAAUGAAAGAGACGUUUGUCGUUGUAUGAUUGUGAAGUGUGAUAUCAAUCAUGUCAUUCUACUCUUUUUUUUUUAUGUUCAAAAGAAAUAUCCAAAAUUUGAACUCUUUGUAUGAGGACAUGUAAAUUAAAGUUUACCAAAUGAUUGUUAUUUAUCUA